UCUAUAUAUAUAUAUGCGCGCGCACGCGCGCCAAUGUGUAUACACUAUUAUUUUCAAUUUAGUAAUAACGAUAAAUAAUUUUAAGAAAGUUAAUAAUGGCUAGUUAAGUUAAGCGAAGUAAUUAUACCUAACAGGAAAGUUUAUAAACCAUGUGUCAGAAAAAUACACUCGUAUCUUAGUGUAUUAGAACACAUAGUCGACGUCGUUUAUGUCAGUUUUCUACUUAUAUACAUUUUGUAAUUUCUAUUUAAGGGAUACGAUAAAUCAUUACUGACAUAUAUGUAUUCACGUGUCUUCCUUACAUUCUAAUUCAUUAUAGAUUAGUUCAAAUGGUGUUAUUUGGAAGGAUCACUUUUAAAUCAGUAAACAGUUAGGUUAGACUUGAUACUUUUGUCGCAAAGCGAUAUAGUGAAUCUACAAAAUGAAAUCGAAUGAAAUCACUUGGAAAACAGUACCAAAUAAUGUAAAGGAGAGGAUGGUGGACCUUUCUUUGGCUCACAAACUGACACCGUGCAGAAAAAUACGUCGUACGACUAAGGUUAUGAAUACUGCACUUAAACAUUACCAUAUCUUAAAAACUUACAGUCGUUUUAUUAAAAUGAAAACAUAUGUUCUCCGGCAUUUGUCAGAGGAUGACGACACCGAUGAUAAUGCUAGUUUUACGGAUUACAAUGUUUUGUACAAAUAUGACACGCCUGUAUCAAAUCGUAUGACACAUGUGUCUACGUCAAAUGUAGACUAUCCCUCUGAAUCAGAUCUUGACGUUGGCAAAAGCGAUACACCAGAUACGGUAAUAGAAGAAACAAACACUGAACAAUUCAAGAAUACAUUCUCUAAUAUUAUGAAUGAAGAGUUGCAGGAAAACAUUGAAGAACACAAUGUAAAUUUAUCAUAUUCUCCAAGAGAAAAUAUUCAUAGGACCAGACUAAAUGAAUUAAAUGAAAUUAAUAAUCAUGAAUCCUGUUUGAGUAAUACUGAUUCACCUGCUUGUGAAGAGGAUGUAAUAUUAAGAAACCAAGAAACAUUUACAAUAGAAGAAAGUACAAAAUCUAAUGAAAUAACAUGUGAUGCCAAGGAAAUACAAGAAACAGAAAACAGAGAAGAAAGCAGUGAAAUGUCAAUAAAAGAAGAACUUGAUACGAGUAUUGAUAUAAAUGAGAAAUUGAAAAUAAAAGACUGUUAUGAAACAUUGCAUGAUAAAGAAGAUCUACCUGAUAUCAAGGAGAAUUUAAUGUCUCCAUUAAAUCAAGAUAUAAUUCAAGAUGUUGAUUUUACAAAUUCAAAGAUAGAGUUACAACAUAAUGAUUUUGCACAAUCAGUUGAGGAUCUAAGAGUUGACGAAGGAUCUGUGGAUGAACCUGAAAGUAGCAAGUUUCUACAAAAACAAUCUUUAUUAAAUGAUAAUACACAUCAACCUAAGGAUUCUGGUAUUGAUGAGGAUACAGAAGAAGAAUUUCCACAAAAUGAACAAGCAAUUUGUGUAAUAGAAAAGAAACAAAUGCAAGAAGAAUUUUCAGAAAAUAAACAAGCAAUUUGUGUAAUAGAAAAGAAACAAAUGCAUGAAGAAUUUUCAGAAAAUAAACAAGCAAUUUGUGUAAUAGAAAAGAAACAAAUGCAAGAAGAAUUUCCAGAAAAUAAACAAGCAAUUUGUGUAAUAGAAAAGAAACAAAUGCAAGAAGAUUGUAUAAAAAGUGUAGAACUUACACCACCCACUUUGUAUUCUAAAGAUGUCUCUGAAGAUGAAACAAAUUUGACAACUGACGACACAUUCAUAUUCAAUAUUGAUGAUAGUGAUGAAGAUAUAAAUAAUGAAGAAGAAGAACAAAAUAAAGUAGUAAAACAAAAAUUAACGCCAAAGGUUACUCACACUGAAAUUGUUAAGAAUAAAUAUAGAAUCGUAUCAUCUAAUGUUUCAUUAUUUGAUAUCAAUAGAGGAUCAAAAGUGACUGAUAAUUGUGUCAACAAUGAGAAAGUAAUAGAAUCUGUAGAAAUAGCACACAAUGCAGAGGACAGCAUGUCACCUUUGUCCAAAAGGCGAUUGCAACAGCUGAGAAGGUUAAAUUUGACUGUGGACAGUGAGUCUAGUCUUAGUGAUGAUGAUGAUCAAUAUUGCAACACAGAAAAUAUGAGAGAUAAAUUGUUCAAACGAUCAAAAGAAUCUUCCGUAUCAUUGGACAGUGAAGAUGAUAUCAUGAGUUUCAAGCAUUCAACAUUACUAAAUGACAGUAUGAACUCACAAGGAAAUAAAAGUUGUAGAUUUGAAAACAGUGGGAAAAAAAAGAAUAAAUAUUUGGGAGAAACUUGUAUCACCAGCACAGAGGAUGAAGAAACAUUCAACAAUAAUGAAUCUGACCAAAUAAAAAAAUAUAAUAAAUAUAAAAAAAGUUCACAAAACUCAUUAAAACAGAGUAUACAUUGUACAGAUAAUGAAAAUACUAGUCCAAACAAAAAUACGAAACACAAAGGAUCUUUUCAAGAGAGUCAAACAAUUGACAAAAAUUUAGAAACUGAAACAACAUUGCAAUCUACAAUCAAGAAUCCGACAGUGCAAACAAAACCGUGCAAUUUACAGGAACUGCUAGAAAAGGAAAGCUUAAUACAUGAACUUGCUUUACCCUCUGUUACACUUAAAGAUUUACAAGAAAAUGAUAUCUAUCUGUUAGAUAUUCCUUCUGUGGUGCUCGAAAGUAAAUUAUUGGGAAGAGAGUUUAGUUUAACUAAUAAGAAGUUAACACUUGGAAGACACAAAUAUAAAAUUACACUUGAUGAUACAAGUCAUGUGUCCUGUGUGUUUAACACUGGAGAAUCAUGUAUAAACUACAAAGCAGUUAGUAUAAAACCGGUGAAAAAAAUUGUUACACGCAAAAGGAUACGUCCAAAGUAACGUAAAAAAAAUCUUCUAAUCAACACACAAAGGAUACAAUGAGUUGUAUUGAUGAUACCAACAGAACAAACAUUAAUUUAACCUCAACAAUGUAAUAUAUAUGAAAAAUAGGGCUAUUAUAUAGAGAAUGUGAUUGAUUAAAUUUAUUUUCUUAUCACGAACAUCAGAAUCGAUCACAUGCGAGAUACGUUUUUCUAAAAUUUGGAGAGUAAGCUUAACAGCGGCCAUUAAUUUCAAUGACCAGAUCAUUUUGAUCUUUAAGAAUUAAUUUAUAGAAUAUCUGACUGUAUUCAAGAAUACAUAUUCUAGCGCAUUAUAAUUUUUUCCUCGUAUACAUUAUUUUAUUUUCCUAAAUGUUGAAUUUUUAUUCGUUUACUGUAUGUUACCUUGGUCUUUUUACUUAAAUGUUUACAUCUAAACCGAUGUCGAUUCUGUUAGUUCGAGUGAACACAUCAAAUCAGCCCUGGCAGUUUUUGUAUAUACCACAAAUCUUGGGCUAGCAGUAAAAGAGUUAAGACUUAAAAUGGUACAAUGUUAAAUAUGAAAUUGUUAACAAUUAAGUAUGAACUGUAAUAUUAAUGUUUUUUUAUUGACAUAUACAGAAAUUAAAUACGACAUAUAUUUAUGAAGUUU